AAUGCCUAUACCAGUGACUCUUGAAUGUUUUGAUUAUUACUUUAUUUUCCUACUCACCUGUAUUUAUGACCAUUCUAAAUGUGGGUUAUGGUGGAUAAGACUUCUUUGGCAGCUUUUACCUAUUUGUUCUUCCUGUGCUUUCCUUUUGGUAAAUGGUUUUAAUUAAUUUUGUCAUUUACCUUAAUUAGCAGUAACCAUAUGACCUUUUCCCUUCCCCUCAAAUGAAUAUAAAAUGGGGUGAGGAAUGGGGCCUUCUACACCUCUUUGCAAGCUUAUCCUUGUGCUUUCUAGUUCCCAUCUCUUUCUUUCUUCUUCUUCAAGUUGUUCCCCCUUUUCACCUUCAAAUAUGAAUUCCCUUCCAUCUGGAGAAGAUGCACAGAACAGUACAGGUCCCAAAUCGUGCUUCUACUGCAACAGAACAUUCAAAAACCGUCGAGCUUUAGGGGGCCACCUUAGAAUUCAUAAACAAAAAAGUUCAACAAGGACUAGGAAUUCUCGUCGCCGUUUAUCAAAUAUCUUUCAAUUUGCUAGGAAUCCCCGUUUAUCUGUUCCCAACAGCCAAGGCCAGCGUUCCUCUGGGGUAGAUGGUGACCACCUUGUCCACCCAGCUCCAUUCACUAGAGCAACCUCUCCUUCUGGCUUUCGUAGAAUGUUCUGCACAAAUGAAAUGAACCCAGCAGAUGCCAGCAAUCUCACUGGAAACAAUCUCAGACUUCCUAGACUCCGAUCUGUCCCAUCUCCAAACUGUUCAUAUGGCUCUAGUGCUGAUGUGACCUACCAGUCUAGCCGUUUAUCUGCAACAGCUUCUGCUCCUGCUGGCGGCCCUGCUGUCACAGAUCUCUCUCUGCAUGUGGGUUCAGAUACCAUCAGUCAGUUUAAUACCGAUAAAUGUCACCAUGACCAUGACAGUUUAUCAACUGGUGGCAGUAAGAGGUCCCACUUAGGAGAAGGCUCAGCAACUGGUGAUGCUAAUUCCAAAAAGCAGAAAAACAUCUCUGGCCUGGAAAUGGAGUCAGAGGAGCCUGGGAAAAAAGAGCUACAGCAUUUUGUGGAUGUUAAUGAUUCUGUUUCUGCAUCAAAAGCUCUUGAUGCUGAAGUGGUGGGUCAAGUAGAUCUGGAUUUGUCGCUGCAUCUGUAGUUUUAUGUGUUUUUAUUAUAGUAAAGAACAGAUAGCUCCUAGCAAUGAAUGUUUGCUUCUCCUCCUGGUGAGGAAUGUUUGUUUUUUUUUUUUUUUUUCUUGUUGAACAAUGUGUGUGUUUUGGCAAAAAGGAAAAAAAAUGAAGAUAUGUUCUCUAUUUUCUGGUCAACCAUGUCUAAUCUUCUUGCUUUUGUGGAUAACUUGGAGCUUGAUUAAAUAUUUGUUUUUGAGGAUUUCUUAGAAUCGUGUAGGUCUGAUUGAGUAAUGAGAGAAGGAAAUACUUGGGAAUGAUGGUUAUAUCUCUCUUCUUUUAAUGUUGUUGUUUACAAGCAGUCAAGUGGUCAUUUAGAGUCAAUAGCAUAAGAACCAUUGCUCAUUGUUGGGGGACACUUUUUUACAGAGUUAUUGGGCCAAUCCAAUGGAACAAUUAGAUAGAUAAAUGGUUUUUUAUUCCAAUAAUUUUCUUGCAUGUUAUCAUGUACAUUUAUCUUGCUUGGGUCUUAAUGAGUAUGGUCUUUAACCAGCAAAUUAAAACCGCUGAAUGGGCCAUUGAGGUGAGACAAGUAGUGGGAUUGAUUGUGUAUCUAUAAGUUAUAUGUUUGGAAGAUGCGUGAAGUGCCAAUUUCACCUUCAAUGAUUUGAAAAGAUGAUCCUUUAUAAAGAAAAAAAAAAUUUCUUGUUAGUUGUAUACUUGUAUCAUCAUAGAGGAACUGAUUCCAUAAUUAACUUUAAUUUCUGCC